AUGGGUAAGACUAAAAAGACUAGAAAGUUCGCUCUGGUUAAGCGUACCAUAAAUACAAAGAAAGACCAACGGCUGAAGGCAAACCAAGAGAAGCAAGUUCAAAAAGAUGAUCCCGAACUGACGAGAAGUAUUCCACAAGUAUCAAGUGCACUGUUUUUUCAAUAUAAUGAAGCGAUAAAACCACCUUACCAAGUGCUAAUCGAUACCAAUUUUAUAAAUUUUUCCAUUCAGAAGAAAAUUGAUCUGGUAAGAGGUAUGAUGGAUUGUCUACUGGCGAAAUGUAAUCCACUGAUAACAGACUGUGUAAUGGCGGAAUUAGAGAAAUUAGGUCCGAAAUUUCGUAUUGCGCUGAAAUUGGCCCGGGACCCUAGGAUUAAAAGACUAAGUUGUACACACAAGGGUACUUAUGCGGAUGACUGUAUUGUGAAUCGGGUUCUUCAACACAAGUGUUAUAUCGUAGCAACCAACGAUGCUGGUUUGAAACAGAGAGUGAGAAAGAUCCCUGGUAUUCCUCUGAUGAGCGUUGGUGGUCAUGCGUACGCCAUCGAGAAACUUCCCGAUGCCUUUUAA